AUGGCAAUGGGAAGGUCCAGAGCAGGGCAGAGCAGGGCAGGGCAGGGCAGGGCAUGUGAAAGUGAAGUAAAGAGACACUGGUUGGCUAAGGUGGCAAUAAACUACAGGAACUUCAUUUCGAAAAUAAAAGGAGAAGGAAUUAGGACAGGUUAUGUACCUGAGCAUGUGUGGGAAAGAUGGAUGGAACUUUGGGGAAGUGUUGAGUGUAUUAAGAAGUCAGAAAUAAAUGCAAAGAACCGUCGUGCCGGCCAUGAAACUCCGGCUGGGACUCACGCGGACGGCUCUAUUUCAAUGGGAGAAUAUCACAAAAAACUUGCUAUUGAAAAGGGUCGAGAUCCAACACCAGGGAAGUUACAUUUGCACGUCCAUACACAUGCUCAUGAUGAAAAAUCUUUUGUUGAUGAGCGUUCUCGAAUUGUCCAUGAGAUAACAAAGUCUUCAUGCCUCAAAGAGUUUAUGCCUGCUUGUAUCACUCAAUUUCUUGUUCUUUGUGGGGGAGAAAAGAAGAGAAGAAUAUACGGUCUUGAUUCUGAAGCAAAAAGUUACUACGGGCUGAAACUUUCUGCCUCAUCGACAGUACUUCCUUCAAUUUCUCAAUCAACACCGAUAACAAAUAUGGAUGAGCUUGUAAAGCAAAUGCUUCUUGCACUUACUAAUCACUUUCUUCCCGUUGUUAUGGGGAGGGUACAAGAAGGGAGUACUCCCAUUGACAACCCAUCAACAGUGACACCCUUAGUACCUCCUUUAGCUACUACUAAUGAGGACGAGGUUGAUCCUUAA